AUGUCAAUCAAUCAGCUCGGACGGCUCAUCGACCUCCCCGAUGCUGACCUGGCUCAGGUUCUGGAGUAUGCCUCCAGCCUGUCCAAGCUCGAGGCCGCUGAUCACUUCAAGAACCUGCUCGGAGACACACCCCAAGCCAUAGAGUUCAUCGCGGCAUUCAAUUCGCGCAGACGCGAGCCCGUCGUGAGCUCAGCAUCGUCUUCUCAGACUACCGUGGGCGCUGCGGGAGCGGAAACGCGAGCUUCCUCACAGGCCGGUGCGGAUGCGGUUCCGAAGCCUGCAAAGCAUCAAAAGAAGAAGAAGCGACCACUCCAUGCUCCUCCCCCUCGACAACUAGUCGACACUAGCUCCGCGCCUGGCGUCGCGUACAGCAAAAAGGAUAGACAAGACGAGUAUGUCUCGGCUAGACCCUCGACGCCCUCAGUUGCUCCGGUUGCAGCUCCAGCCGCUCCUCCAUCCAGAGCCCAGGCCGGCCCAGCACCCAAGCUGCCUCCUUCUGCGGCAGGCACUCUCACCUCCGACCUUCUUGCGCCGCCUUCCACCCGGCAGAAGUCCUCCAACAAGCCUAGCACUGUGGCCAAGGUCUCCAUCACCGGCGGAACUGCUAUGCACGGGGCUUCGACAGCUCUCGCCGACCUCGACGCCGCCAUCCGCUCCCUUGAAAUCACCACCAACCCCAGCGUGAAUGACACAGACGCCACGAAUGCCCGCCGUUGCAACUGCGUCGCUGCACGUCAUCCUCUCCAGUCGGCUGCUCCCAAUUGUCUCUCCUGUGGCAAGGUCGUAUGUGCCAAAGAGGGGCUCGGCCCAUGCACCUUUUGUGGCAGCGCUCUCCUUUCCCAAGAGGAGGUGCAGGCCAUGAUCAAGGAGCUACGUGCCGAGCGGGGCCGAGAGCGCAUGGCCGCCGACCGCCAAGCUCACCGCCGUCCCGAAGUAUUAUCAACACCACGGCCGUUCACGAAGCCCAAGUCCGAACAGGAUGCCAGCCUUGCGGAGGCCAAAGCCAGGGAACAUCGCGAUAAGCUUUUGAACUUUCAGGCUCAGAACGCCCGCCGUACGACCGUCCGGGAUGAGGCAGCUGACUUUGAUACCGAGUCAAGCAGCCUUUGGGCUAGUCCUGAAGAACGCGCACGCGAGCUGAAGAGGCAACAGAAACUGCUCCGGGAGAUGGAGUGGAAUGCGCGUCCCGACUUCGAGAAGAGAAGGCAGGUCGUCAGCAUCGACGUUGUGGGCGGCAAGGUUGUCAGAAGGAUGGCCGCGGUCGACCGCCCACCUAGCCCUGACGACGUAGACAACCCAGAGGGAAUCACAGAGGCUUCUUCAGCCGGCACGUCAGACCAAGGUCUCAGAGAAGCUUCGGGCAACACUACAGGCUCUUUCAGUACCAACCCAUUGUUGGGCCCGAUGAUUAAGCCUGUCUACAGUGUGAGCGCUGCAGAUGCUAGCCUCGAGGGACGUGCGAGCAAGAAGAGUCAGUGGAGGAGAGUUCAAGAUAAUCUUGACAACAAUGAGAGUGUUAUCCUAGAGAGCAGAAUAUAG